AUGCAACUUUAUCAUUUUACUCUCAUCAAGCCAGGAAGCGUGGACACAGCGAUCACAGGCUGCUUCUCUGGACGGAAGGUGAAACGAAAUGAGAAAUUGGUGAGAGCAACCGAAAUACUUGUUGCAAAAGGAAGCGUUUUGGAGCUCUAUGAUUGCUCGGAAGAGAACGUCCCACCUCUCUCAUGUUUAUUAUCGCAAGAUGUCUUUGGAGUCAUACGCUCAAUGGUAGCUUUUAAAUUCAGCAACACCGGUGAUAAAGAUUAUAUUGCCAUCGGCUCUGAUUCUGGAUCUAUUGUUAUUUUAGAAUUUAACGCGAUUCUUAACAAGUUUGUGCAGGUUCAUGUGGAAACGUAUGGCAAGACUGGAUGCCGAAGAAUUGUUCCGGGCCAAUACUUGGCUGCAGAUCCCCAAGGAAGAGCUCUCAUGAUUGGUGCCAUUGAAAAACAAAAGUUUGUCUAUGUAAUCCGUAUGGAUGGCGAUCAUUUGACUAUAUCAUCACCUCUAGAGGGACAUUCACAAAAUACUCUUGUGUAUUCCAUGAUUGCUUUGGAUGUCGGAUUUGACAACAACCCUACCUUUGCUUGCAUUGAAGUGAAUUAUGAAGGAGCUGAUGAAUCCGAUGAAGCCUAUCAAUCCAUUAAGAAGACUCUCACUAUUUAUGAAUUGGACCUAGGAAAAAAUACAAUUGUUAAAAAGUCAGCAGAUGAGAUUGAUAGAUCAUCAAACAUGCUCAUUCAAAUACCUGAACCUGUGAGAGGUGUUUUGAUUUGUUCCGAAAACCACAUUACAUACCGAAAAGGCUCUCACAAUGUCAGAGUUCCAAUACCAAGAAGAGCAGGCAUGCCUCUGGAAAGAGGCCUCAUGAUUGUUAGCUCAAGUAUGCAUAUGGUGAAAAAAGCUGCUGACAUGUUCUUGCUUGUGCAAAGCGAAUUAGGUGAUUUGUAUAAGGUUUCACUCGAUCUGGACGAACAAAAAAAUGUGAAAAAUAUCAGCAUUCAUUACUUUGACACAAUUCCAGUAGCAAACACUUUCUUAACUUUGAAAAACGGUUUUAUUUUCUCAGCAUCCGAAUUCAGUGACCACAAACUAUACAGACUUAAAUCUAUUCAGCAUUCAGAAUAUGAUGAAUCCUUUGAAAUGAUUGGCCUUGAGUCAUUCCCAACAUUUAAACCUUACAUGAGCCAUCGACAUAUUCAAAAAGUCCAAGAUUUAAAAAGCUUGGCUCCUGUUACUGACAUGAAAAUUACAGAUUUAAUGACCGAAGGUUCCUCUCAAAUUUAUGCUCUUCAUGGAAGAGGUCCUCAUUCAUCACUGAGAGUAUUACGAUACGGCUUGCCUGUUGAAGAAGAAGUUUCAGCUCCAUUGGAACAAUCACCACCAGCCGUCUUUACAGUGAAAGAUUCAAUUUCAUCCGAUUUUGACAAGUAUAUUGUUAUUUCAUUUACUGAUUUUACGAUGGUCCUUUCAAUUGGAGACAAAGUAGAGGAAGUUGCUGAUAGCGGUUUUUUAACAAAUACCAAAACAAUUUUUGCAGCAAAUAUUGGUGAGGAAGAUUUGGUUCAAAUUCAUCCAAGAGGCAUUAUUCAUAUUGGACGAGAAGGUGAGAGGAAAUCUGGUUGGGAUUCUGGAAAUAAGCUAGUUGAAAAAGCAACUGUUAACGGAUAUCAAAUCGUCGUUGCUCUAAGUGGAGGAGAAAUCAUUUAUUUCGAGUAUGAUACUAAUUCAGGUCAAUUAAUUAAUACAGAAACCAAUGACAUGGCUCAAGAUGUUGCUUGUCUUGCCUUGUGUCCAGUAUCUGAAGGACAUACCCGAGCUAGAUUCCUUGCAGUUGGUUUCUACGACAAAACAGUAAGAUUGAUAUCAUUGGGCCAAUAUGACAUGAUGUCUAUUCUCUCUAGACAAGCUUUACCAGCUGAUCCAGAGUCAUUAAGCAUGAUUGAAUUGCCUACUGGUCUUUCAGCAAACGACGGACUUGCUCUUUACCUAAAUAUUGGUCUCAGUAAUGGUGUUCUCCUAAGAUCAACAGUAGACCCUCAUUCAGGAGAGCUCUCUGACACACGAUCAAGAUUUUUAGGUACUAGGCCUGUCAAGUUGAGAAAUAUUAGAACGAAGGGACAAAAUGCAAUUCUAGCUCUCUCAAGCAAACCAUGGCUAGGAUAUUUCAAUCAUGGCAGAGUUGAAAUGACUCCUCUCUCGUAUCCAAUGUUGACUACGGCCACUCAUUUUGCUUCUGAACAAAUUCCAGAAGGUUUAGUAUCUAUUGUUGGAGAAGACUUGAGAAUUCUUUCCAUUUCAUCCCUUGCUGACAAGUUUACACAGAACGUUGUGCCUCUCAAUUAUACACCAAGAAAAUUUGUUGUGCAUGAUGAGAGCUCAAACAUGAUAAUUCUUCAAUCAGAUUACAAUACUUUGAAACCUAGCGUAAGACCAGAGUACCUAAAUUUUGAAGAUACAGAAGCAACUCCAAGCGAAUUCAAUGAUGUUGCCUAUGGUGCCAUUAAGACAAAACCAAGAUCAGGCCAAUGGGUCUCAUCUAUUCGUGUCUAUUCCCCUAAGAGACAAGAGCAUGUGGAUGAGUAUGAAUUUGAAGAUAAUGAAGCAGCCUUCAGUAUUACAACAUGCAAAUUCGCUACCGCUUUGGACGGUAUUAAACCAAAUUCAACUUUAAUCGUGGUUGGAACUGCCAAGGAUAUGGUCUUGCACCCAACAAGGAAGUGUGCAUGUGGUUAUAUUAACCUUUUCCAAGUGACAGAUGAAGGAAAACUUCAACUUAUUCACAAGACAGAAGUUGAAGAUGUGCCUUAUGGUUUGCAUGCUUUCCGUGGCAGAUUGCUCGUAGGUGUAAAGAACAUGUUGAGAAUUUAUGACUUGGGCAAAAAGAAGUUGUUGAGAAAGUGUGAAAACAAAUUAUUCCCAAAUUUCAUCACUUCAGUUUCAGUGGACGGAAACAGAAUUUAUGUUGGAGACAUUUCAGAAUCAUUCCACUUUGUGAAAUAUAAUGUACAAGAAAAUACCUUGACCAUCUUUGCAGAUAAUACCACACCAAGAUGGUUGACUGCUUCGGCGCUUCUUGACUACAAUACCAUUGCAGGAGGAGACAAGUUUGGUAACUUUUUCAUUGCUCGUUUACCAAAUGAUGUUUCUGACGAUUUGGAAGAGGCAACUAAUGGAAAAGAAAAGUGGAUUUGGGAGAGAGGUUUACUUAAUGGAGCUCCACAAAAAGCUACAGAGAUUGUGAAAUUCUAUGUUGGUUCCAUGAUUACAAGCUUGUGUAAGACACAACUGAUACCUGGAGGACCUUCAGUGUUGGUCUAUGCCACCAUCACAGGAUCAAUGGGCGUGUUUGUGCCAUUUACCUCCAAGAAAGACAUUGACUUUUUCACUCAUCUCGAAAUGCAACUCAGAGAGAGGAAUCCACCUUUGUGUGGCAGAGACCAUCUCGCAUAUCGUUCCUAUUACUUCCCAGUGAAAGGCGUCAUUGAUGGCGACUUGAUUGAACAAUUCAAUGAUUUGGAUCUGCAAACAAGGGCUACCAUCUCCGAAGAUUUACAAAGAACACCAAACGAGAUUGCCAAGAAGAUUGAAGAUAUGAAGAACCAAACAGGAUUGUAA